GUUCAAAAUGGCCGAAGUUUGAAGUAAAGUUUUGCGGAGGGUAUUUUUUUCAAAAAAAAAACUCAUUGAAUGUAAUGUUUAUUAGUGUAAUCGAUAUUUAAAAACAUUGACCAUUUCGAGGUGUAUUCAUAGGGACUAUAUUUUGUUUAGUUUUUGUUCACGACUUCACCGGUUCCAUCACGAUACGGUGGACUCACCAGCUACACUCUCCGAUUUUUGUAGAUGUAAACUAAGCUCGCUUGGUUCUCGUCCACGGUUCCAUCAAAUCACAUUUGGUGAUUUUGAGCGUUAUAUCGUGUCCUUGAAAAUGGUAUGCCAGCUUUUAAAUUACCUGCAUGCUGCCAGUUAAGUUAAAAAAUGGAGUCAUCGAAGAAGCCAAUCUUUGACUGGAGUUACAAGCCCAUAAAAAGAAGACUUCCGCCCGACGAUUUAUUCUUUGAAGAUGGUGAUGUGGAAUGUUUUCUACAGGCAAAACAAUAUCCAUUAGAUCUAGAAGAUGAUGAUACAGAACCAAGUGUUCCUGAAUUCAAGUGUCAUGAACCAAGGUGUAAUGAUUUGUUUACCAGUAUCCAGGCCUAUGAGAUUCAUUAUAACUCUAAACACAGAUACGUGUGUAACCACUGUAAACGAUUCUUUCCAUCCAAUCAUUUGUUAGAUAUACAUGUAUUAGAAUGGCAUGAUGCUUUAUUCCAAAUGCUAGCAGAGAAACAAAAUAUGUAUUGUUGUCUUAUUGAGAGCUGUGGAGAAAGAUUCAAGACAACCAAAGACAGGAAAUCACAUCUUGUUAAAAUACACAAAUACCCAACAAAUUUUAGAUUUGAUAAAACAGCAAAAAGAAUACCAAAGACAAUUACAUUUGGCAGGGGUGUUGCCAGGGGAUUUGAAAGAAGACACAAACCACCGGCACAGAAAUCUAAAAAGAAGAUCAAACCACAUAGAACAAAAGAUUCAAUCCAUUCUAGUGAACAAACUGAAGCAAUGGACUUGUAA